UUUAGGCAUAAAGCAAAAGAUCAUGUUGUUGUUGGGUGAGUUGGUAGAGAGGAAGCACAGAGCUGCGUGAUGGCACUUACACUGGUUUCCAUCUUAAUCGUUGCCAUCCCUGUGGCCUACUGCUAUCCUACUGCCUUCCAGGACCUGGAGGAACUUGGCAAGAACAGAACCUCCAUUAAGUUCCUGGCUGUAGGAGACUGGGGAGGAAUGCCUUACCCCCCCUAUGUCACCGCUGUGCAGAAGGCUACAGCUCGCGAAAUGAGCAAAGUAGCAGAGCAGAUGGGAGCUGACUUCGUUCUGGCCCUUGGCGAUAACUUCUACUACAGAGGUGUGGACAGUGUGGAUUCUCCUCGCUUUAAGAACACUUUUGAGUCUGUGUACACCGCCAAGUCACUCAAAGUCCCCUGGUAUGUGCUUGCUGGCAAUCAUGACCACGCAGGAAACGUCAAAGCCCAGAUCGAGUACAGCCAGAAAUCUGACAGAUGGAAAUUCCCCGCUUACUAUUACGAGCUGAACUUCCACAUCCCCAACACCGGGAAGACGCUGACCAUCAUCAUGCUCGACACCAUCAUGCUGUGUGGCAACUCUGACGACUACGUGGACGAGAAGCCCAGAGGCCCCCUGAGUGCCGUGGAUGCCAACCGUCAGCUGACCUGGCUACAAGAGAGACUGGCUCGGUCCACGGCCGACUUCCUGCUGGUGGCCGGACACUACCCCGUGUGGUCUGUGUCUGAGCAUGGCCCUACAGAGUGCCUUCUGCAGAGACUUCACCCUCUGCUCAACAAGUACAAAGCCACUGCGUACCUCUGCGGUCAUGACCACAAUCUGCAGUACAUUGAAGAGUCUGGUGUGGGCUACGUGGUGAGCGGUGCUGGAAACUUCCUGGAUCCAGAUGUCCGUCACUGGAACCACGUUCCCAAAGGGUCUGUUAAGUUCUUCACCGGCCAAGCUUCAACACUGGGAGGCUUCGUCCAUGCAGAGGUCACGGAGAACAAGAUGAUUCUGACGUACUUCCAGGCUAAAGGCACGUCUCUCUACCGCACUGUCCUCUCCCAGAGGAGCUUUGAGUAGACCAGCUCACAACGCAAACGGUCAAGUUAUUGAUUAGUGUCAGUCUGCAGUGUAGUCUAAGAUCAAAGUAAUGACUGUUAAUCUUGUGUUUUUAAACUUUGCCAUUAAUAUUUUGAAGAAAUUGUUUGUUUUUUAAAAAAAGAAUCAGCUAGUUUUACAUGUAAAUUUAUUGUAUGAUAAAAGAAUAAAUGUGGUUUGUAAAGA